CAACGCAGCUGUUUUGAGGCCAAGAAUAGGCCGGAUCGCGUCGUGCUCGAAGUACCGGUACCAUUCGCGUGCGCUUGUUUUAGUGCAAGUUUUUUUCUGUUUUUCGUUUCGGUUGUUUUGUUUGAUCGCGGGGAAUUUCGCUAAAGUGCAAGUCGUAUAGCAGGCAGAUGGAAACCAGAAGCCGUCGACUUUCAUUCAUGGGCGCAGAUGGCAGGUUGCCCUAAGAAGGGUACCUUCUAAGGUUAUGUGCAGUUUGGUCGCGUUUUGAGUGUGCGCAGACGGUUAGAAUGUGACUUUUUCGCUGGGCGUUUGAUCAAGUUCUUCUGUCAUGAUUGCUGCCAAUGUGCUGUGCCUGAAGAAAAAGAAGAAACGCACUUAUUCCCUAUCCAGCUGCAAGGGCGAUGGAGCCGGAACAUCGAAAAAUGAUAGCUCGAGGAACGACAGGGUUACCAUGAUACCAAUAACGGAAGACACGCCGCCUGACAUGCUGGCAGGGGCCAUGGAUUUAACUGUGCAUCUUCCCAGUGGAAAAUCAGUUAAAAUGUCAGUGGAAAGAAGCACGCCAAUGAUGGACCUAUUAGUACAAGUGACCACCACCAAUCAUCUGCAGCUGUCCAACCACACGCUGCAAGUAUUGGGCAUGGCGCCCUCUUCAGAACACAACGACAAAGUGUUGCUCUUUAAGCCCAACACCCCCAUUGGAACCCUGGAUACUCAACAUAUCCGGGUUCUCCCAAAGGAGCGGACACUGCCAGCCCCCAAGUACUCCGCCCCUGGACAUCAGCCUUUCGAAAGUACCUUCAGACUCAAAGUGCACCUGCCUAGGAACCAGCUGUACGUCACGAGAGUGAGCCGGAAUGUUCUUCUGGAAGAUAUCAUGAAGAAAGUGUGCGGCGAGAAGAAUCUGGAUCCCACCAAGUACGACUUCAAGCAUCCAGGUAAUCUGGACCAGAUUUUGGAUCCGAAAUUCACACUUAGCGACUACCAAAUCACCGAAAUCUACGUGGUGGCCAAAGGCACCACGAACUUGAACCAGGCCUUUUCCGCUGCCGACAUCAUGGUGCUGCGGAAAGAAGAAGAGCGCAAGCAGAUGCACAACAAGGCCGGAGGCGGCGUCUUCAAUCUCAUCUUCAAGCGGGGAAAAUCGAGCAUGGGUUCCGGCUCGGUAUCCAGCGACAAUCGAUCGAUUUCGCCCACUCAAAGCGACGACUCCCGAUCGGUGACUCCACCGGUGGUUCAGCCGCCCCCCGAGCGGCCGAAGCCGCCCCAAAGGAAAAGGCGGCCCGCGCCCAAGCCGCCCCAGGCGCCCGAGGCCUCUUCCACCAAGAAAACAAUCGACAACGGACUGACUAUCUGCCAUUCCCGGAAUAGCAGCGAUAGUUCCGGUUACCACGAGGCGUCUAUUUUGAGCGACCAUUGCGCCAACGCCUCCCUGCCCAGAAUGCGCCCCAAGUCCGCCUUUGUGGGCGAUUUGGUGACUGCUCAGGGUUCCUCCAACUUGAACACGAUGGUUCCACAUUCCCGCUCUACUACCAGCUUAGUAACAGGUCGUAAAAAGAAGGCAGCUCCUCCUCCUCCACCGCCCGCAGCAAUAUCGCCCGCCAGCUCAGUAGUCACCCAAUCAGCCAAUCCAAGUCCCUUAGUAGCUAGUCAAUCCGAUAACUCCGCCCAGUCAGAAUUUUCCGUGGUGCUGGAUAUUACUGAAAACCCUUCCACUAACCCCGUACCCAUACCAAAGCCGAGAACCAAAGUUUCCAGAGCCAAAAGCAACCUUCAGUCACCCACAACAAUUUCAAUUGAUAGACCUGAAAAUGCCGGAGAGCUAACUCAUGAGGAAGCGAGUGAACCUGCACCUUCUUCAGCCUCAGAAGUAUCCAGGCUCGAGCUUGGGGAUACAGAGUCAAACCAGCCGGAGGCCAAAUCGCCAGCUGCCAAAGAAUCUAGACUGAACUUCCGGCUGGAGACUCCGGAGCUGUUUCCAAUCAAUUCCAUGCCAAAGAACGACUAUUCAAUGGAGGAGAUCCUGACCAGUCUGGAGGCAGUGAAGCCUUUCAUAAUGAACACAGACAAGUCGCCCAAGAGGGCCUUGGCCGACUUGCAGCUGAUGGGAAGCAUCUUGGACGAGUCGUCCAAGGACCCAAAGCCGCCGGCAAUAGUGGGGGUAAUCCCCAAGACUCCCAAACUGGAGAAAAGGCUUCCGGCUAACAGCGACAGCUUUGGAAAGAGGCGCUGCUUCCAAAUCGGCAAGUCCUUGGAGCAGAAGUUCAACCCGGAAACUGCCAGCCUCAACAGCAAAUCCUCCAGAGGCUCCGCCAGCUUUGAGGACGAGAUUUCCGAUUUGGACGAGAACAUGUUUGCCGGAUCGCUAUCCAAAGCGUCCACGAGGAAACGGCCCGAAGUUUUCAAUCAGCUGUUCGGAAUCCACAGCUUUGAGGGCCGGCUUCCUUUUAACUCCAACUCUCCGGACCAAAUUGGUAUCAGAAACCAACCGGCUGGCGCACCCGAACCAGAAUCGGCAACAUCGGCAACUUUGCCUCUUGAGCAAACCCCCCGCGAUAGUCCCCCCCUUCCUUUGCAGCAGCAGGAGAAAAGUUUGGAUUCAGCUGACAGUGGAACUCGCUUAAGUGGCAAGGGGGACCGAGAGGAGGGCUUCCAAACGCCACCCCCGCCACCUCUGUUGGAUGAAAUCGAAGCUGAUGCGCCGCCCCUUCCAGUCACGCCGCCUCCACAGUUGAUCAAACUGGAAGCAGAGCUGGUAGAUGUUGACUGGCAGUAUCAGCUGCCAUCGCCGCCCGGAGCUUUCCGGGAUUCUAGUCCAGUCCCCAUUGUAGGCCCGGAAAGCGACUUCAAAGACUCAGUCGUCACCUCUCCCGAACUUUUCGAGAAGCUGAAGUCCUUGGAAGAGAGCCAGUCGGUGAGGAGUGAGACUAGCGAGGAGCCCUUGAACACGCUCACGCUGGAGCACUUGGAGAAGCGAAAGUCGCUGGUCUACAACCGAGAGCUUGCUACCAGCCUGAAGAUGACUGAUAGUUUAGAAAGUAGCGCUAAGAGUUCGGAAGCCUUUGCAAGCUCUCGGGGAGGGUUCCAGAUCGAUCCAGACAAGCCAAAGCAUCCGCCGAAGCCGGCCAGGUCCCAAUCACAGCAUUACACGCUACCAAACUUCAAAAUUUCCACCUAUGAUGUGCCUAAGCAUCAAAACAUCAAGGUUUUUGAGGAUGACACUAUCCGCAGCAGCACGCACUUGGGAAAAACCCACCUGGAAGAGUCCGUCUGGAAGAGGCAUUCAGUGGACGAGGCUCCAAAGGAGCAUGCCACUCAAGCCAGUGCUGUUUCUCGAUCGGGGUCGUUUUCCAGCGAUAGUCGGACGCCUUUGAAGCCGGUAUCCAGAUCCAAAUCCACUCUGACCUUAAACAAGUACCAAGCAGGUCGCAAGGAGGCAGGCACCAACAUGUCCAGGAGCAAUAGUCUGUUUGAUGUGUCCGGACUGCAGAGCCUAGAGGUAAUGAAGCUAAUCCAGAACAAGCUGAACACGCCGCCGGGCUCCCAAGAGCAAUUGCCUAGAGAGGAGCCUCAUGACGACACCCACGCUUCUCCAAAGCCGGUGAGGAAGUUUUACCGCGGCCCUCCAGCUGUAAAUAUGUCCACUUGGUCGGAACGCCCCAAAGUCCCAGUCGCAGUGAAGGCAGAUGAGGACUACAAGCUGGGCAACGCAUCGAAACCCCAAGAGGAGCACGGAGGAGCGGAGAUCACUCAAAAGUCUGGCAACGUGGUGAUUCGGAUCGGGGCCAAUAAAAGCUCCUUGUUGGGGCCUGCGGGGUACCGCAGGCCGUUGGCCAAUUUAAACGGAAGCACGCGGCCUGUCCAAAGGCCCCAUUCCAUUGCCCUGGACUUGUCCAGGGUACCAGUGGUGCGCUCUAUGGAACUAAAGAAGCCGUUCCAGGAGGCGCAAACUGGCAACACCUCCAUUACGCACCUCAACCAGGACCAGGAGGAGUUCAAGUCGUUGCAGAGUCACUAUGGAGAGAACGAUCCAGACCGGCGAGUGUUUCGAGCGGGGAGCUUUCGACCUGUGGACGUGCAGGGGGCUCCAGUGGUGCGCGGGUUCAAGUCAGGAAGCAUCGAGAUCAACAAUAGACUAUCCUGGAACCCUUCCAUGACUCUCCCCGCACGGUCCCAGAUGGAUAAAGGCUUCAACACGAACCAGUUCGUUCCAUUUUCGCAGUCGGUUCUGAGAAGGACCGAGUCCAGCAAGCGCUACAUUCCAGAUCCCAAGCCAGUGGGGUCCUGCACCUCAUUGCCCCCACCACCUCCGGAAAUGCCCAGAGUGGUGCUCAGAAGGGCUGCGCCACAGGAACGAAACCAAAUAAGUCCGUCGGAUCCUCGCGACCAACUUCUGGAGUCGAUCAGGAACUUCGGCGGCAAAAAGGGCCUUCGAGCCGCCAAAGUUUGACUCGCCAGUCGUCAUUUGUACAUAAUAUCCGUUCUCCAAGCUCAAUUCCUUAAAGUGAUUAUUAUCUGCGCGCUGUUUGUAUAGUCUACCCCUAAUAUUUAUGAAUAAAUUGUGUAGUUUUGGUCAUAAUCGAAAUAAUAAUAUCGUAGCAGUCGGUAGGUUUGUUAAAUAUUCACAUAAUCAAUCAGUACAUAAUAUAGGGACCAAAGGUUUUAUGGAUAUAUUAUUUAUUUGUUACAUACAUUGUCUAUUAUUACAUAAUAAAUUUAUUCAAUUUAA